UUACCAAUGUGUAUUUGUUAAAUUACGAGUUACUUAACUACACAAUAACAAAUUUAAGCGCUAUCAGAUCGCGCAGGUUGCCAAAUGUAUUUCUUAAAAAGUGAUUAUAGUUUUGGAAUGAUUUAAUUACGCGAAAGUCUUGGAUAUCCAAAGGCGCUCAGAAGAAAUUCUGCAUGUUGGAUGUAUAAUUAUCUUAAAGUUCCAACUCCGGGGGAGUUUGAUGCAUCUUUGGAAUACGCGUUAUCUCUUGGCUUGGAUAAAAGUAAUUGCCUUCAGGGUCUCCCAUUGAGUUGUAAAGGAUGCUGUGGAUAACGCCGGAUGAAGCAACCAACCGCCGGCUAUCUGCGCAGUGGGACAUGUCACAUCUGAAGUUCUGCUUGUUUUCUGUGGAGAUGCUUUGCCGUGCGCAGGCUAAUUUGAAACAUUUGUGCCUGGUUGGAGAGCCGAUUGCAUUGUAAAAGACCGAAGGAAACAUAUAUUUUGGAUUUAAAAAUACAGAGACUACAUUCUUUUUACCUACUAAAGCAUUAUUACACUUCUUCAUUGGACUUUCCAAGUUUGGGAGACACGCAAAUCUGCUUAUGCUUCUAAACCCGAUUGAUUUUUUGCUGUUUUCUAGACUUUGGCUUUUGGUAUGCCAUCUAGAUUUUUUUUUUUUUUUGGUUGCUCAACAUUUCGGUGGAAACUGCCUUUUCCACAUCAGGAUUACAUUAAGAUUUGUUAACGUGUCUCCUUAAAUAUGGGUGUCUUUUUGAAGACAUUCCUGAAUUUGGGAAGUUUGCUAACCGUUAUGUGUGCAGAUCCGCAGUCUAUUCCCGCCAUAUUUCCCAACAAAGACGAGAUGAUUUUAAAGCCCUCUUCCUCUCUAAGUCUAUCCUGCUCGGGGGAGGCUAACGUGAAGUGGGAUAUGCCAAAUUACAGAAAUGAUAUGAAGAUCGUGGAAGAAACGAAAGGUCUUAAGCACUUCGCCACUCUUCUUCUGUCUAACGUGUCUGCAUCAGAUACCGGCUUCUAUACUUGUAUGUACGCGGAUGAAAACUCGAAGACCGACGUCACUUCAGUUUACGUCUUCGUCGCAGAUCCAGAAGUUCCUUUUAUUGUGGCUGAACACCCCUUUGAUUUACACAUUCUUCCCUCUCCGGAUAAAAUGGAGAUUCCUUGUCGAGUUACUGACCCUCAUACCAAAGUUACUCUUACCAAUGUGGAUUCAGGCAAGGAAAUACUAAGCCAGUAUGACAAUAAACGAGGCUUCAUCGGAGCUUUCACGGCUGGAACCUAUGUCUGCAAAGCCACUGUUAACGGAGUCAGUGUUCAAAGUGAAGAAUAUAUUGUUCAUGGAGGCAUAGACUCAUUUGACUUUCAAGUUGAGCUAGAUAUGAUGAAAACAGUGGUGAAGGAGGGCGAAGCCAUCACUUUGACCUGUGUCGUGUCUGGCACUGAAAUUUGUGAGCAACACUGGGAGUAUCCAGCAAAACAGGAUGGAAGAGCACAGUUGAAUGUCAAGGAUGACCAAAAGGUUGAGGUUAUUUACACCCUUAACAUUCCUCAUGCGUCAGUGAAGGACAGUGGCCUUUAUGAGUGCUUGGUGACGCAAGUCACAAAUAGCAAGACAAAAGUAAGAAAAACGAACAUUACAGUGUAUGAGAAAGGGUUUGUCAAUUUAAGCCCCAUGUUUGACCCGGUAGAAUUUGCAGAAUUACAUGAGAUUAAGGAGCUCAUAGUAAACAUUGAGGCUUAUCCUGAUCCUGUAGUGACCUGGCAGAAAAAUGGCAAUGCUGUCACCGAGGGUAAUUAUGCUGUGACAAGCACCACUGUCCACACUGAAGGAAUAAGGUACAGAAAUAUAUUGAGAUUGAUCCGAAUAAAAGAAGAUGACAGUGGGAACUACACAAUCAUGGUCAAAAAUGAAGACAUGGAAGCCAAUCUGAGUGUCUCUUUAUUAGUAAAAAGUUCACAGUCACCAGUUCUUCUGCAAGCACCCCCGAUGAUUUAUCCUCCGGGAGAAGAACUUGUGAUCCCACUUCACUCUUCAUUCAAACUGACCUGCUCUGGUGAGAGUGAAGUGGAGUGGGAUGCAGAAGACAAAGACAACUUCACUCUGAAAGAAGAGCAGGAUAACAGUGGACUUUUUGUGAUCUCCCUUGCGGUGCAAAAUGCUUCUGCCUCCCAUACAGGAUAUUAUACCUGUCUAUAUCCAUCAAUGAAUGGCUCUGGAUAUGAAAGUAUCAUCUACAUCUACGUUCCAGAUCCCAAUGUCACUUUUCUACCACAUGUAUCUCCAUUCAGUCAGCAUGUUCUUGGAGCUUAUGAAGAUACUGAAAUCCCCUGCCGUGUGUCAGAUCCAGAGGUCCAUGUCGCUCUCAUCAAUGCAUACACGAAUAUGGAAGUAGUAGACAGUCUAUAUGAUAGCAAAAGAGGCUUUAUCGGUGUCUUCCCAGAGGGAACAUAUUUCUGUGAAGCAACUGUUGAUGGUGUACAACAUCAAAGUGUCGAGUAUAUUGUACAUGGAUGGAGAGAAACCUCUGAGCUGAAAGUUGAUUUACAAGUAGAUAACACUGUAGUGAUGGAAGGGGAACCUAUCACAAUAACCUGUGUGGCCAGAGGGAGUGAAAUGCUUGAGGAUUUCUGGAAAUAUCCUGGAAAACAGGCGAAUCGAGGUAGAAAGACGGUGAAAGAGAACAAGAAGGAUGUUGAAAUCUCAUAUACUCUGACAAUCCCUCAGGCAUCUGUAAAAGACAGUGGCCUUUAUGAAUGCUCUAUAACACAAGUGAUGAAUGAGUUAACACAGACAAGGAAUGUGUCCAUUACAGUUUAUGAUAAAGGAUUUUCCAGGUUGGAAUCCACAUUUGACCAGCAGGAAUUUGCAGAUCUGCAUGAAGUAAAAGAAUUUAAAGUGCUCAUCGAAGCUUACCCAUUCCCAGCAGUCACAUGGCUAAAGGACAGCAUGGUGCUCAGUGAUGAGAACACUGAAAUCACCAGCACCCUGAUUAAGCUUAAUGAGACACGGUAUCAGAGUUCCUUACUGCUGAUUCGUGCAAAAGAAGAGGACAGUGGAAACUAUACCAUCCAAGUCAAGAGUGGAAAUGAAAGCUCUAGCUACACCUUUUCUUUACAAGUGAAAGUACCAGCUGUAAUAGUAGAGUUAAUGGAUUUGCAUCAUGGAUCUGCAAGUGGCCAGUCGGUGGUAUGCAUUGCUGGUGGGCUACCAACCCCUGAUGUAGAAUGGUUCAUCUGCAAGAAUAUUAAACACUGUGCCAAUGACACUUCACAAUGGAUGGUGCUGCCAGCAAAUUCAACGGAUGUCUCCACUGAGACACAUCUUACUGAUGAGAGCAAAGUAGAAAGCCAAGUGACCUUUGCAAAGCUUGAGCAUACUUUGGCUGUGAAGUGUUCAGCAAAGAAUGAACUGGCUGCCGUUGCCCGGGAAGUAAAGUUGGUAUCGCCUAGUUUACGCUCUGAGUUAACUGUGGCAGCAGCGGUGCUAGUAUUAUUGGUCAUAGUCAUUAUCUCUCUUAUUGUGUUGGUCAUCAUCUGGAAACAGAAGCCUAGAUAUGAAAUCAGAUGGCGGGUGAUUGAAUCUAUCAGUCCUGAUGGACAUGAGUACAUCUACGUGGAUCCUAUGCAGCUCCCUUAUGAUUCGAGAUGGGAAUUUCCCCGAGAUGGACUUGUGCUAGGAAGAGUUCUAGGCUCUGGGGCCUUUGGCAAAGUAGUUGAAGGAACAGCUUAUGGACUCAGUCGCUCUCAGCCUGUAAUGAAAGUAGCAGUGAAAAUGUUAAAACCUACAGCAAGGUCCAGUGAGAAGCAGGCUCUCAUGUCUGAGUUAAAAAUAAUGACUCAUCUGGGUCCCCACCUUAAUAUUGUCAACUUGUUGGGGGCAUGCACAAAGUCAGGUCCUAUUUACAUUAUUACGGAAUAUUGUUUUUAUGGCGAUCUUGUUAACUACCUGCAUAAAAACAGAGAGGCUUUUUUGAAUCGACAUCCUGAGAAGGUAAAAAAGGACCUUGACAUAUUUGGCAUCAACCCAGCUGAUGAAAGUACUAGAAGUUAUGUGAUUUUAUCAUUUGAAAACAAAGGUGAUUAUAUGGACAUGAAGCAGGCAGACGCUACCCAGUAUGUACCAAUGCUGGAAAUGAAGGAGAGUUCAAAAUAUUCUGACAUCCAAAGGUCCAAUUAUGACCACCCACCUUCCCAUAAGCAUAAGUCUCUAACUGAAACUGAAGUAAAUAAUUUGCUAUCUGAUGAUAACAGUGAAGGCCUCACUUUAAUGGACCUGUUGAGCUUUACUUACCAAGUAGCUCGUGGCAUGGAUUUCCUGGCUUCAAAAAAUUGUGUCCACCGUGACCUGGCAGCAAGAAAUGUCCUUCUCUCUCAAGGAAAAAUUGUGAAAAUCUGUGAUUUUGGGCUUGCCAGGGACAUCAUGCAUGAUAACAACUAUGUCUCCAAAGGAAGUACCUUCCUUCCAGUAAAAUGGAUGGCCCCGGAAAGCAUUUUUGACAAUCUCUAUACAACCCUGAGUGAUGUCUGGUCUUAUGGCAUCUUAUUAUGGGAAAUUUUUUCCUUGGGAGGGACUCCUUAUCCUGGCAUGGUGGUGGACUCCAGUUUCUACAAUAAAAUUAAAAGUGGCUACAGGAUGACAAAACCAGAACAUGCAACUACUGACAUCUAUGAGGUGAUGAUGAAAUGCUGGAACAGUGAACCUGAAAAAAGACCAUCAUUCAAAUGUUUAAGAGAUACUUUGGAGUCAUUGUUGCCAGAUGAGUACAGAAAGAGCUAUGAAAAAAUAAACCACGACUUUCUUAAAAGUGACCACCCAGCAGUGACUCGGACACAGAGUCAUUCUGACGAUGCUUACAUUGGCGUUACUUACAAAAAUGAAAACAAACUGAAAGACCGAGAGAGUGGCUUUGAUGAGCAAAGACUGAGCUCUGACAGUGGUUACAUCAUUCCUCUGCCAGAUUUGGACCCUCUCUCGGACGAUGAGUACGGCAAGCGCAAUCGACACAGCUCCCAGACCUCUGAGGAAAGCGCAAUCGAGACAGGAUCCAGCAGCUCCACCUUCAUUAAACGGGAGGAUGAAACGAUUGAGGACAUUGACAUGAUGGAUGAUAUAGGGAUAGAUUCAUCAGACUUGGCGGAGGACAGUUUCUUGUAAUCGCUAAGCGACAUAAGCUAUAUUCAGAAGGGAAGUUCCUUUAUCCAGUCCAGAAGACUUGCUUUUUAAAUAAGAACCAACCACUCUGCUGCAUUGUGGGCCUCCCUGCCUCAUAUUCACCACUGUAUUUUCUGUUUGAAAGCUGGAGCCAAAGAACAAUCGAGAAAAGAAAAACUCUUUGAAAAGUUUGUUUGCAUUUUACGGGCAUUUAUGAAGCAGAAACAUCAGGAACCUUUAGGACUUAUGUCACUGUAAUUGUGAAGAAGUUAAUAGCUUACAUGUGACUUGUCCUAGCAAAUCAGGACACGGCAUCUGCAUUUUGUCUACACAAAUGAAAAACCACUAAGGGCAUCUAAAGAAGAAACAGAAAUGACUGCUGCAGUAAUGAUAGCCCUGUUCAUUCAUUCCAGGCAGAUAUGGUUUGCUCGCAAAUCAAUGCGUGUGGGGUGUCCUCCCUGUUCUUCAUUCGCUCUCCAUGGAAAUCCCUUUUUAACAAAGCACAAAGCAAUGUAUGCGUGUUGUGUAAAAAAGAAACAGAGAAUUUUGAAAAUGUAUUUUUUUAUUUGCUGAUACAUGCAGUUAUGCAAUUUUAUGACUCUUUUGAGUUAGGCGGUCUUAGGUAGGUGCAAAUAAACACAGCCAGAUUUGGCAUUACUGGUAACUGUUAAGAUGAUAUCAAAGCCCGCUGUUUAACAGGCUUCAGUUUUUAUACAUCAUAAAUGAUAAUGCAACAUGUUCAGCCAACAGUGUUGGGCCAUUAGUGUCUGUGUCUUUUUGGUUUUAAGCAAAAAUAUGUGUCAAAAUCAGCUUAGCCCAUAUUCGAUUAGUUUUUUGGGAAAUUAAAAUUUAGAAUUUGUAAGUGCAAAAUGCUUAGUGGCAUAUUGGAGAUUGUAUUGCCUCACAACUCUUGGAUGCCAUGUUUGAGAAGAUACUGGGCAGCUUUUAGCACAGACUUUCUGUAUUAUUUUUAUAAUUUGGUCCCAUGAUGCUAGGUUGAUGGGCAUAGUAGUCUUUGUGAAUUAGCAUGUGCCUGAUCCUGCCUUAUCAUCCCCAUGGGAUCAAUAGAUGCACCUCACAUAUGCAGUGGCCAUGCCAUAUUUUUGUUUUCUUUUUGGUUGAAUCCAAUUCAGCAUAAUAAAUUACUUCUGUUUAGUUCAUUUAUGAUAAUUGCAUUACACAAUCUUAGCUUUAAGAAAAAAAGGCUUGUACCAAAAGUCACAGCCCUGCUUUAAUCGGAUUCAGCACAGUGAAUCUGAAACCUAAUCCUUUAUAAAUGGUAACAACCAGUGUUAAGAAGACUUCUACACAGCUUGCUUGUUGUAGCAUUGUCUAGUUUAAUAUCAGUUUUACUUAGAAACUGUGGUGUAAUUUAAGAAUUACAAAAAAAAAAAAAACUGUUGUAGCUAAAAUUUAUAUAUUUUGAUUUUACCAUCUCUAACUUUUCAACAGAGAUUACUGACAUCCACAAGACCUCUACAGCAUGUUUUAAUCUUCCUAAUAUCGCCUAAGAAUAUUAAAAUUGUUCUUAUAAAUGUAAGAUGUGUAAUAAGCCUGUACAGAUAUUUCUUUUACCUAAUGAAAAACAUUAGAUGAAUAUAUCAUGAUGUUAUACAUCAAUAUGUAUAUAUAUGUAUUUCUUAUAUAGUCUUUACUAUUCUGCCAAAACAUUUAUGACGAGCUGUAUCACUGCCUUUGUUUAUAUGUGUUUUACUGUGAUGUACUCCACAGAGACAUUAAACUUUUGCACUUUGUUUUCCCAGUCCCCUUCCCUAGAAUUUUUAACAAACAGUAAAACCCCACUUUUCCAACUUGCCAGUGUUGUGAAAAAUUGGAAAAAUGCAGUCAACUAUCUAAAUGGUACCAAGAUUUGUAACUCUGCAGUUUACCGAUUUUGUGUUUGUUUGUUUCUAAAUAUACUUUAUGUAAAUUCAGAUGUUCUAUAUUUCAAUAAAUGACAUAAAAUAUG